GCGAUGGCCUGUCGAUGUUCAAACUCUUCAAGAGGCCUUUGACGAGUCGUACACCGAACGUUACUCUUCAAUCUUGUCAAACUUUCUGUUCAUCUUGUGUUCUUCUAUCUCGUAAACGCCAUGUCGUCAAAGAAGAGGAAGUGACCGCCCCACAAAGCGUCGAACGGCAACGCGCCGACACGCUGCUUCGUCAAGCCGACCUACGAUUCGUAUCGCACAAGUCUCCCAAAUCUGCCCAGACGGACCUUUACGACUUUUUCACGCACCAAAUCACGCUCACCAAGUACUUCGGUCCCUACCGGCGCCUCUUGCUCUUGCGCAUAAUCGAAUACUGCCUCGGACGCAGGUUAUGGUCCCUGGCGCGCGCGAUGCAUAUUCGCAUGAUCGGCGAAGGCUUCAUUCCUCCACCUCCUUUACGCGUAAAGAUGCGGUUAUUCGAGGCUGUCUCACGCGCGAGGCGCAAAGAGGAAGAAGUGGAGGCGUUGAAAGAGGUGGAAGAUGUGUUAAGGGAGGAAAAGGAGGAGACAUUCGGUAUGAAGGGCUUUCUCCAACUCGUGGACUAUGCGAGCUCGGUCCAUGCGUCGCGCUCGCAAGCCUUCGUGCUCAAGCUCGCGGACGCGUUUGCGCAUGCGAGAGAGCUGACUUCGCAUACUCAGUCCAAGCUCGCAGCCGACCUCGUUCGUAUCGUCAUGCCCACUUCCACGACGUCGCUUUUGCCCUCUCUAUCCUCAACUUUUCAGGCAGAAGAGGAUAGCGACGACAUCGACAUUUCACUUGACACUGCCAUUCCAACCUCAAGCCCCGAAGACGUCUCAUCUCUCCUCCUCCCCUGGCUCGAACGUGCCGAAGCCGCACACACAGUCGACAACAGUCACCUCUCAUCAUCCGUAUCAUCCAUUCCAAGCGCAGCCCCGUACGCAGCUCUCCUUGACGCGCUCGUCGGCACACCCAUAUGCUCAGAAGCCGGCCGUGCGAUCUUGCGACGCAUGACAGACAAAGGUGUCCCGCCCAACGCUGCCGUGUUCAAUGCCCUCAUCCGAGGUCGGAUCGCUCAGGGCGAAUAUGACGCUGCGUAUGCGCUUUAUGAGGCGUUCGUGCAGGUUGCGGAGCAAGGGCGGGCACGGGCGAGAGCAGAAGCGGAGGAACGAGCAGGGACGGCAACGGCCACAACGACCAGUACAGCGAGGACCGCACGACCGAACACGGAGACGUACAAGAUGAUGUUCAAGGUGGCAGAGGAGCAAGAAUGGCGCAAACGCGCGUCCAGGCAGCAGCAGCGAAGACGCAGGGGCACCGUCACACAUCGAGAGCUCUUCAACGACAUGCUGCGUCUCCGGGUUGACGCCUUCUCCCUCCAACCGCGCACCUUCGCAGCACGCAUGCGCCGCCGAUCGCGGCUCAACCAAGACCCAUUGUCGAAGAUCACCCCAGCGCAGCUGACGCCGUCUGUCGCACACGCUAUCCUGCGUGUGUUCCUCUCUUUGGAGGACUAUGCGGCCGCAUACAACCUCGUUUCCAUGCUACCGAAGUUCGGCGUGUGCGUCGUGAGCGACACGUACAUGCUCGUUCUGCGCGCUGUUCUCAUGCGCGUCGCACGCGAGGCGAAGGUCAAGAAUAAGAACCGGGAUAAGUGGAGCUUCAACGCGUUUCUUAUGGCGUUUUCGCCGUCUUCCUCUGUUGGAGUCGGGACGGGUGAAGGCCCCUGGGAGGUAAUACGGCGAGGCCAGCCGCCAACCUUGCCGAGGAAGGGCGCGGGAGAGUAUAUCGUGCGGAGGCUGCUGGAUCUCGCGAAGGGCGGAGAGGAGGAGGCGAGGGUACCGACGCUCGCGCAGGUCACCGCUUCUUCUUCCUCUUCUUCUUCCACGCCCUCGUCCUUGUCCGCCUCCACUUCUACGUCAAAUUCCAACCCCGAUCCCCCCGCUCGCCCACCGCGCCGUACCAAAAUCCCACUCCCACAUACAACACCAGCACCGGCAUUCGUCCCACCGCCCGAAACCUUCCCCGCCCGCCCGCUCGCGCGCCUGCUCCUGCUCCUGCUCCGCGCCGGGCUGUUCCGCAAAGCCCCCGCGCGCAGCGAGGACUGGGACUGGCGUGCGGCGGAGCGCGGCGUGCUCGGUGAGGCGUGGGCGCAGAUGGUCCCUCCGGAGUGCAUGUGGUACGAGUCGCUGCAUCCGCUUCGAGAUCCUCCUCCGGCGCAGGAGCAAGGCGCGGACGAGACGCUCGCACAGCCCACACGACAGACGAGGCAGACGGGGAAGAAGGCACAGCUCAGUCCUCGGGAGCAUAGAGUACGGCUGUGGUGGUCGCGCCGAGUUGUGCAGCUGAGAGCGCUGGGGGUGGCGCAUCGGCGGAAACGUAGGCGUCGCGCUCUCCUCGCUAGCGCUCUCAAAGAGGCCAUGGCCAAGAAGGGCGGCGGGGGCACGAAAAAGGGUGGGGACAAGGAGCCAAGGCGGGCCGAUGUGCCCGUGGAGCGUGGGCCGGGGUAUCAGAGGUUUAGGAUACGGUCUCCUGGGGCUUGAAGAUGGAUGGGCGUUUUGACGUUUUACGCUACACUUUGCCGAGUAUACUACAGUAAUUACGUAAUAGUAUUGUUGCCACCGCUCAGAUCGAAGCUUGCAUUACAUUCGCUGGCUUCUACGAACUUCGCUUUCAAU